AUGCCGAAGCCAUUCAGCCUCGACGUGUCGUGCAACGAGUCGUCACCGUCAGACGCCCGGGAAAACGAAAUAUGCACCAUCAGCAACCGGCUCUUCCUCACCCCCGCACCCAAAAUAUCCGCAAGUCCCGUCUUACCUCACCCGCCGCGCCGUGUUCGCAGCUUCUUUUGGCCAUGGGGAAGGAAGGAAGGCCUCAUCACGAACUUCUGCAAUAUCGGCUUGACGUAUGGCACGGUUCUCUCGUCAUGA